AUAUUUUGUUUACAGACAAAAUUCGAUAAAAUACAUAUUUGCUUGCGAACGUAAAAAUCUUGCCGAAAUCUAGCCAGUGUAGACACCAAGUACACUUAAUUUAUAAGUACACUUUACACACACAACAAAGUGUAAUAAGCGAGUGUCUGUUCUUGCCAAUUUUCCGAACACAGCGCAGACUGCGCAACUGUCAUUGUUGAUUCGAUAUUGCGCGGUAAAACGAAAUUUAUUUAUUUUUGUUAAAUGUAAUAUUCAGUGGAAUUGUGUACUUUAUUGAAGUAUUUUGAUAAAGAUAUGGCUGCACCAACUAAUUCAACACGAAAUUUUAUUUCCAUGCAAAAUAAAUAUGAUCGGAUCAUUUUGCUUGUUGAUAUGGAUUGUUUCUACUGCCAAGUGGAGGAGAAAUUGGACCCAACACUUAAAGGAAAGCCCAUUGCUGUGGUGCAAUAUAAUGCCUGGCGUGGUGGCGGUAUAAUUGCAGUUAACUACGCUGCUCGGGCAAAAGGAGUCACGCGACAUAUGCGAGGCGACGAGGCCAAAGCGCAGUGCCCCGAUAUUGAACUCGUAAAAGUACCAAACGUACGAGAAAAAGCUGAUUUAACAAAAUAUCGUGAAGCUGGCAAAGAUGUUGCAAAUGUACUGCAAAAAUUCACUGAUCUUCUAGAACGCGCCUCUGUAGAUGAAGCUUAUUUGGAUAUAACUGCAUCAGUAAACAAUCGGCUUGAAGCAAUGAAUAAUGGUACUUUUGUAUUGCAACCACAAAUUUUGGUAAAUACUUAUGCAGUUGGCUAUGCGCAUAUUGGGGAAUACAUCAACAAAAUUACUGUACGUUUGUCGAACCCGUAUGUGGAUGAUAAUCAAUUUAAUGUUGCUUAUAAUCCUGACGAUAUACCAUCGGUACGUCAAAGCGAUAUACGUCUUUUAAUAGGCGCUUCAAUUGCAAGCGAAAUUAGAGCCGAAGUUAAAUCUGUAACAGGCUAUGAAUGUUCUGCAGGAGUGGCACAUAAUAAAAUUCUUGCUAAAUUGGCUUGUGGUAUAAAUAAACCUAAUAAGCAAACUAUUUUACCGCUGUCUGAAAUACCUAGACUUUUUGAAACACUACCUUUAGGCAAAAUUAAAGGAUUGGGUGGAAAGUUUGGCGAAGACGUUUGUGAACGUUUACAAAUACGUUUUCUUGGAGAAUUAUUACAAUUUUCAGAAUCAGAAAUACAAAAAAAAUUCGAUGAAAAAAAUGGAUCAUGGUUAUAUUACAUUUGUCGUGGUAUAGAUCUUGAAGCUGUCAUACCCCGGUUUUAUUCUAAGAGCAUAGGAUGCUGCAAAAAAUUUCCAGGACGGAACAAUAUCACUGGAAUCAACACAUUGAAGCAUUGGUUAAAUGAGUUGGGUAAUGAAAUCAACGAGCGCCUGGAAAAAGAUGUGAUUGAAAAUAAUCGUAAAGCAAAGCAAAUGGUUGUCAGUUUUGUACAAGAAUUUAAUAAUGAAGAAAUAGCAAGUUCACGUUCAGCUCCACUUACCACUUACGAUGGAGAUGGUAUAGCUAAAAACGCUUUUGAUAUUAUUAAAUCCAACACAAAACAAUUUUUUCGCAAAGGCAGUGAAGCAGUUCUAAACAAUCCUAUCAAGUUUCUAGGCAUUAGCGUUGGUAAAUUUGAGACCAUAAUAAGUGGGCAGAGUAAAUUGCAGCAAAUGUUUGCGAAUCAAAUGGCUAAAAAAAGAAAAUCUGUAGAUUACACUGAAGAAAAUGAGGAACGGAAUAUAUCCCAAAAUGUAAACGAUAGUAAAAUUGCCAAAGUAUCGAGUUCUCAGGGUACGUCGAUCAAAAGCUUUUUUGCCAAAAGUGGAAAGGAUAAUGUAAAUAAUUCGUCUAUUAAUAAACAAUCUGAAAAAUGUAAUAACGAUAUUAUUACAAAAUUUUCAAAUGCUGGACAAGAUUCAAAAGAAAACGAAAUCCAAAAUGGUGCUAUAAAUUUAAAUGAAAAUAAGAAUGUAACUAUAAAAAGUUUUUUCUUGAAAACCGAUCAAAAUAAUGAUUUCAUUAAUCAAUCUAAAAAACAUAACAGAGAUACUCGCUCAGAAUUACCGACAGUCGACAUUGAUUUAAAUGAACAAGACGAUCUUUCUGUUGAAAGUUAUAACAACGAAACAAAUGUUUUAAAAGAGACGAUUGAAGAAAAUUGUAAUGAAAAUAAUAACGUUAAAAAUAUUAAAUCCGGGGAUUCAAGUUAUUUUUUGAAUGUGAUUACAAAAAAAGAGGCCGGUAAGCACAUCGAUGAAGAACAUAGCUCUAUACAUCAACAAAAUCAAAACUCUAGCACUAACGAUACUCUUAAUAAUAUUAUAGAACAAGAAGAGUUAGAUGGUUUAGAACAAGAAAUAGAACUUGUGAUAAAUGAACCACAAAAUAAUAUACAUAAAUUUGAUAAUGUAGUAACUAACGAAGAAAGUUCUGAAAAUGAAAUAUCUGAAAAGCAAACUAAAAGAGUAAAACUAUCCGAAGAGAAUAUUGGUUGUGAUCAAACAAGUUCUCUGAAUUACAAAAAUAUUUAUGCAGAAUUCGCAAUUCCAGAAUUACGUCCUGAUUUGUUGUCAUAUAUUAAGUGCGAGCAAUGCGGGGCUAAAAUACCAGAUGACCAUCAAACAAUUCAGACUCACAAGGACCACCACUUUGCACAAGAAUUAAGUCAACAACUGCGAAAUGAAUAUCGUACAGAGAUUCAAGCAAAAAUGACGAUUUCAAAUUCAGGUAAUGCCAAUAAGAAAAUAAAGAAACCUUCAGACCCAAAAGCAAACAAAACGGAUAUCACUAAAUAUCUAAAAACAACAAUUAAGCAACGAGAAGAUGAGCGAAGCAUUUUAUCCGAGGAACCCACAACAAGUUUACAAGCUAUAUUGGAAAAUGAAUUGAAUGAAAAAGUCGCCUGUAAGGAGUGUAACGCGUUUGUGAGAAAAAGUGAGCUAUUGGAACAUAAUGAUUACCACAUAGCCAAGGCGUUACAGAAAGAUAUUAAUCGUCUAGAAGUGCGUACUGUCGAAAUCGUAAAAAAGGAAAAUCCUACGCAGUCUCGGAAAAGUUUAAAUAAAAGUAUUAUGAAUCCAACCAACAAAGCUACUACCAAUAAAUCCAUAACAACAUUUUUUACACAAAAAAGUUCCCAGUAAGAUAUUUAAAAAAAAAAUUAAUUGCUUCCUUUUGUAAAAAGUAUUUUUUUAUUUUGAAAAUUUGGCAGUGCCAUAUUUAUUUGUUUAUAUAUUUGUUAAGAUUACUUAGCCUAGUACUUUUUGAUAAAGAG